UUUUACCAUGACAAAAAUUCACUGAAUAUUUGAAAAUGAACGAACAGCUUACGUUUUAUCCAGAAGAUGUGCUCACUUCUAAACGAUUUGUUCAAAAAUUAUACGACAAUAAUACUUUAUAUAAUGAUAAAAGUGCGGUAUUGCAAGCGUUGAACAAAAAGCCUGUGUGUAUCAUUAUACUCGGGAAACCGUGUUCAGGAAAGACUGAAUUGGCCAAAAGGCUAUGCUCGAAAUGGAAGUUGCAGCUUGUUAACGCAAUGGAACUUAUAACGGAGAAUAUUGAUAGAGCAACAUAUAGUGGAAAAGUUAUUAGUGAAGUAAUGGGUAGUGGUCAGCCUUUGGAUGAAAAACUAGUUUAUAAUUUAAUUACGCAGAAACUUGAGUCACCUGAGUGUGCUCAUUAUGGAUAUGUACUGGAUGAUUUACCAGCUUUCUCUGAGUCAAUAAUUACUAUCGAAGAUCAAAUCGCCUGUAUUACAUCUCUGAAUCUGAAGCCGGACUUCAUUGUUCACAUCAAGAUUCCUCAAGAGGAUAUCAUACGAAGACGUGAAGGACUGAGAAUUGAUGUGGAAGAUGGAACUAUAUAUUCCAGUAAAAAUUAUGCUGACGAAUUAAAAUCAUUUUGUGAACCUGAGGAAAAAUUUUCAAACAAAACAACGAAAAUCAAACAAAAUAAAACUGAAGAGGAUACAGAUGAUAGUUUGGAUAAUGUACUUGAAAAUGUUGAAGCUAUGGAAGAAGUUAAUGAAGAAGAAGAUCAAAUUAGUGGACAAAGUCACCCAGAUUUCAAAAAGUUAAAUAAGAAUAAAUUAGAAUAUUUAAUUUCACGACUGGAAGAUAAUCCAGAGAAAAUGAAAUCAGAUUUAGAAUAUCAUGACAAAAAUAUCGCAUCACACAUAACUUCUUAUAUAAAAAUGUUUAAUCCAUUCAGUGUCAUUGAAUUAGAUGGAAAUCUAACCCCAACUGAACUGUUUUAUAAUCUACUGGUUAAAUUACAAAGUAUGAAUUUAUAUCCAUCAGUAGCACCAAUAAGAUUUUUCGGUUCAACUGGGGGAGGUGAAGAGGAAGAAGAAGAAGUCAUACCUGAAGAUAUAGAUACUGAAGAGUUAUUUAGAAUAGUAGCUACUAAAAAAAUGCCAGGUCCACGGGCUCGUUGGCAUAAAAGCCCAUGGAAACGUUUAUGCCCUGUAGCAUUAUAUGAAGGUCAGCUGUCUAUGGGAAAACCAGAAUUUACAGUUGGUUAUCUUGGACAAAUAUUUUGUUUAGCAAAUAUUGAAAAUUUUACAUCAUUUAUGAAAAAUCCAAGACCUUAUUUAUUACCACCUCAACCAAGACCACCAUUUCGUGUUGUUGUACUUGGUCCUAAAGCAUCUGGUAAAACGGAACUGAUUCAUAUAUUAGCUGAAUCAUAUAGAGCAAAAAUUAUUGAUAUAGCUGGAAUGCUUCAAGAAGAAUAUAAUAUAAGAGUAAGUGAAAAAUUGAAAGAAAUUCAAGAGAAAACUGAAGCAAUUGUAAUCAAAGAAAUAACGGAAAAACAACAGUUAGAAAUUCAGUCAUUAAACUCAGAAAAAGUGACUGAGGAUACUACUGAAAUAACUGAAGAAAUAGUGACAAAUAAAACAGAAGAACAAAUCACUAAAGAUGAUGAGGAUUCACAAGAAGGAGAAAAGACAAGUGAAUUGAAUGAAAAUAAAGAACAAUCACCAUCGUCUGACAUUCCACAAUAUUUACUUCAACCAAUAGAUAAAGAUCAUCCAGAAGUUAAAAUGCGUGUUGCAGAAGCUCUUCAAAGUAUUAAACAAGAGUCAAUUGAAAUCGAAGUAGAUUUUUACAUAAAUGCUGUUCGUGCAGCAGUUGAUGAAGUUGAAACCAAAUUACGUAAUGAUAAUCCAGGUGGUCCAUAUCACGGUCAGUGGAUUAUUGAUGGUCUUCCUGUACGUCCAGAUGUUUGGAGAAGUUUCACGGAGAAUGCUCCAGAAUUACUGCCUGAUUUAAUCGUUUACUUACAAGAUACAAGUAUAAAUUCAGAGUACUUACUUCGAAGAUGGAUUCAAUUAAAAAUAGAAGAAUUUGGUGACAUAGAAUCAUUUGACCUAACCGAGAAUAUUGAGAGUGUAAUUACUGAAGAUCUUGAAAGCGAACAACCCAAAAUAUCCGAGGAAACCAUUCUUUUAAAUGGAAGUCGUGGUCAAGCUGCCCUAUUGAGACUUAAAGAAGCAGAAAAAUUAUGGACAGAAAGUUUUGAUUUGUUAAAGCGUACAAUUCAACCGUUAGGUGCUCCUGUCGAUGUUAUGGAAUUGAAUAUAACUGAUAAGACAAUAGAUCAAAUGAGAGAUGAAGUUUUAGAUCGUUUAGUUAACCAAUUUAAAAUAGAACCGAUAGCAAAGACACAGGAGGAUUUAGAUGAAGAGGAAGAAGAAGAUGCUGGUGCAUUUGAAGAAACAAUUGAUGAAGAGUUUAGUAUAGAUGAAGAAGGUAUAGAAGAAGGUGAAGAAGAGAAUGAACAAAAGGAAGAAGGUGAAGAACUGGAAGAAGAGGAAGAGGGUGAAGAAGAAGAAUCAGAUUCAAGUAGAAAUUUACAGAAAAAUUUAGGCUUAACAAGUUAUUUCUGCCCAGUAACAUUACGUGAAUAUGGUGUAUUGCGUGCUGGUGAUCCAGAAAUUGUAGCUGUUCAUCAAAAUUUAAUUUAUUACUUUUCUAAUGAAGAGGCCAGAUCAAAGUUUAUGGAAAAUCCAAAUGUCAUAUUAAAUGGUUCAAAUGGAUUAUUAAAGAUUAAUUACAAUAAUCAGUUAUUGAAUAUUAACCAAUAUAAUACAUAUUUGCCUCCACCGCCAAGAAUCUUAAUACUUGGACCAACUGGUACAGGGAAGUCUUUGCACAGUCGUCAAAUAGCAUUGAAUUUAAAUCUAGUACAUAUUGAUUUCUUAAGUUUAUUACAAGAGAUAACAUUUCCAAAACUUGGUAAGAAGAUUGGCAAACAGUAUGCAGAUCAAGAACCUAUACCGGAUAUUGUAUUGCCUCCACUUGAAGAGUCAGCAAACGAAAAUGAUGAGAAACGAGAAGCAUCAGAGAAUGUAAUACAAAAGCCAAACUUAACAGAAAUGACAGACGAGUCAGAUAAAUCACUUUUGUUAGAUGAACAUGAAACAAAUGUUUAUGAAUAUCUAUUAAAUUCUACAUCGAUACCUAAUGAUACAUUAGAAUGGUUACUUGGGAAGUUUUGGAAACAAGAACCAUAUAAAUCGACUGGUUUCAUAUUGGAUGGUUUUCCUCAAAGUGUAGAAGACCUUCAGUUUUUAGUAACAUCAAACUAUUUUUUUGAUUAUGCAAUAUUUUUAACCACUGAAGCUGACGAAGUUGUCUCCAGAUUAUUACCACCUAGACUGGAGAUAUGGCGUAAACUGAUGGCAAAAAAAGCCGAGAAUGCAGCUAAAUUGAUGGAAUGGAAAACUGCCAAAAAAAAAUUGGCCAUGGACAAAAGACGAUCGGAAAUACUUAAGGAAUUAGAAGAGAAGAGAGAAAAUGCGAGAAUGAAACAAGCUUCCGAUGAUCCGGAUGUUGGAGAAGAUGAAGAACUGGAGGAUGAGGUUGAUAUUGAUGAAAUCCUGGCAGAAGAAUUUGCUGAAGAUGAAGAGGAAAUGGAUGAUGAAGAAGAAGAGACUGAAGCUGAUGUUGUAGAACGAUUAACUGAAGAGAUCACUGAAACAUUUAAUGAUUCGAAUGAUGUUUUUACAGAAAUAUCUGAACAAAUUGAUGAUUUAUCUAUACCAAAGUAUGAAAUUAAUGCUGGUGGCAAAAUUACAUGGGCUCGUUAUCGAAUUGUUAAACGCUUACAUAGUUUAUUAGAGAACCGUAACUCAUUAUUUGAACGUGUCUAUCCAAUUACACCAAACAUUGCGGAACGUUUAUUAAUUAAUGGCUAUUAUUUUCCAAGCUCAUAUGGUCGAUGGUGUCCAGUUACAUUGUACUUUCAAAAUACAUGGCUUCCACCUAUUCCAAUGCCUAAUAUAAAAGUUGGUAAUCCGAAAUAUUUGAGUAAAUUACCUGGGAUUAUUGGUGAAACAUUACCUAUAGUUAAAGCUAAAACAUGUGCUGCAAUUUAUAAACAACAUAUCUAUUGGUUUAUGAAUUCUAAUGCUCGUGGAUUAUUCAUGAAAAAUCCUUUGAAGUAUACACAGAAAUGUACAGAUCCACCAUUUAGAGUACCAUUAAGAUUACAUAUUAUAGGACCUCCAAAAAGCGGCAAAACAACUAUUGCUCAACGUUUAGCUAAAGAAUAUAAUAUACCUGUAAUUAAUGCUGGAGAUUCAAUACGUUGGAUAUUAAAUGAUCCAAGUCAUAUGCAUACAUCAUUAGCUACUAGAAUUAGAGAACAAUUUAAUCGAGGUGAAUGUAUUUCAGAUGAACUAACGGCUCAAGCUAUUCAAACAUUAUUAAUGAAUGGUAUUUAUUUCACACGUGGAUAUAUUUUAGAAAAUUAUCCAUUAACUAAAGAACAAGGUGAAUUAUUAUCGAUUUUUGGUGUUCGACCAAAUCUUGUUAUUGAAUUAGUUGUAAAAAAUGAAAAACAAAAGUAUGUUUUACUAAUUGAUUUACAUUAUUAA